GAGACCUGGAAACUGUGAUUGCGUCGUCGGCGCUUGCGCACUGUCGUCGUCGGAAGCCAGACGGCGCGGUUGCCAUGGAGUCGGAAGGGGCCUACGAGCCGGGUUUCGUGGGGAUCCGCUUCUGCCAGGAAUGCAACAACAUGCUGUACCCGAAGGAGGACAAGGAGAACCGGAUCCUGCUCUACGCGUGCCGGAACUGCGACUACCAGCAGGAGGCGGACAACAGCUGCAUCUACGUCAACAAGAUCACCCACGAGGUGGACGAAUUAACGCAGAUCAUUGCUGAUGUUUCUCAGGAUCCAACUCUGCCCCGAACAGAGGACCACCCCUGUCAAAAGUGUGGCCACAAAGAAGCAGUAUUUUUCCAGUCUCACAGUGCGAGGGCCGAGGAUGCCAUGCGCCUGUACUACGUCUGCACAGCCCCCCACUGCGGCCACCGUUGGACAGAGUGAAACACUUAGAGGGACCCAGUCCCCUGCCAGGCCUCUUCCUGUCUGCUGGCCUCAGAGUACUUCCCAGCUGCGAUCCUCUGCUA